CAAAUUUGAGAAGGUAUAAUUGAAGCGAGGUUUGGCUUGGUUUCAGUUCAGCAGCUGAGCUCUGCUGCAGUUUGGUUCUCUAAGUGAAUGCACCUUGGCUACAGAUCUUUGUAGUCUCAGGAGCAGUUCGUUUGGUGCUGUAUGCACUUCAGAGUUAGUCUGACCGCCUGGGCUAAUAACUUCACUUCAACCAUGAGUGGAAUGUAGGUUGUCACUACAGCUAUUUCUGGUAUCUACAGCUACUAAUGAUUGUAAUAACAGAACAGGAUCCCGAGCAGUUGCUUUGCUGCUUUUCAAGUGAGUUUUGCCAUGCGUUUCACUUGCUUGCAAGAUUAGAAAGUUGGACUAAUGGCACGGCGGCUGCGUUUGCAUUUUGCAUCAAGGAGAAGCAAUACCGACCCUUUGUCUGAGACCUGUGGCAAUGGCAUGGAAAACAACUUGUGCAUGUCCUCUCACAGUCCUUCUGAAAAUACUGCACAACAUGUUAUUCAAAGGACGGUAACCCCAGGGCAGCUGGCUUUGCCUCCGUUGUCACCAAAGGUUGGGCAUUUACAGCGCUCCUCAUCACUAUUUAUACCACAGCUUAACAGCAGCAAAAAGAGCACUUCUUUGCAGAUUUCCCUGCAGUCUCGGAAAUUAAACGGAGAUCUUGAAACAUGUGGCAGUGUUGUUGGUGGUCUUGGUAGUAGUUAUGGUAGUACAAAAAAGGAGAAAAGUAAUAGCUGUGGAUCAAGUGACAUUAAAAGUGGAAUUGGCUCUUUUACCAAGGAAAUAGUAAAUGGUGGCGAUUCUUGCAGCAUUCCUACAGCUGAAGGCUUUUCUUGUAACAGCAGCAGUGCCAAUGGUUUUGGGUCAUGUGUAAGCAGUACCGUGAGUGACAGCACCAGGACUUGUCAGGAUACUCCUUGUAACAUCAGAACCAGGGAUUUUGGGUCCUGUGCAAGUCCGAGCAGCAGUACCACCAGUGAUGCGGGUUAUUGUAGCAGUAGCAGUAUUUAUUUUGAACCUGAAAUCCUUGAGCGCACAGUGGGAAUAGAAAGAACACCUGUAAAACGGAAGCCAAAGGUGCCACUGAGGCGCUGCUCUUCGUUAGUUAUAUUUCCUCGGAGCCCCUGUAACACGCCACCAGCAUCUCCUAUUAGCCCAGGACCUCUGCCAGCACGCAGUUCCUGCCAGACCUCACGCCAGUUUUUGCUUUCUGCUGUUGAGCCUACGCAGGAAGACGAUCAAAUUGCAUCAAAGGGUUCUAUCGCAACAGCGGUCAAUGGCUUAAGAUUAUCCAAAUCCAGCUGCCCAACUGUUGAGCUUAGGGACAUAAGACCACUCCAGCUGAAUGGGCCGUUACCAGAUAGACCCCAGGAAACUGACAGCGGCCAGGAUCAGCCAGCUGCUCGGGAACGAUCACAAAGACACUCAACUGUUUUGCUGCAUUUUGCUCAGCAAAGAGAAGUUGCAAUUGAGAGUGAGUUGACCACAAAUGGCCAGCGCAGUUCUGAGCAUCCGGUUCAGGAACCAGAACCAGGUGGUUGUCCGCAGUAUCAUCAUAUAAAACUGAUCCGGAGCACGUCUGCCUGUCUGCCCUUGCAGAAACAUUCUGACUCUCAACUAGAUUCUCACAGAGAAACUGAAAGGGAUGGUACCCAAGCAAAUAAUGGUCGGAACAGUGCUCUGCAGAGGAGCCUUUCAUUUGAAGUGCCAUACCAACAGAUUUCAUACCAUUUAUCUACAUCUACGCAACACAGUUCAAAGAUGGGGGCCCCUCAUGUGCACAUACAUUUAUCACAUGGCACCGAAGGAAGGAUAUGUGGUUCCUUAAUGAAAAUAAAUAGCAACUGCAAAAGCGAAAAUGAUAAAGCCAUCCCUGGAAGAAGCACAAAGACCAGGGAUGAUUUUCUGGGUCAGGUUGAUGUUCCUCUUCAGCAGUUACCAACAGAAAAUCCUAACAUUGAAAGGCCAUACACAUUUAAGGAUUUUCUUCUUCAUCCAAGAAGUCAUAAAUCCAGAGUGAAAGGCCAUCUUAGACUGAAGAUGACAUACUUGCCUAAAAACAAUGGGUCGGAGGAAGACAAUGAAGAACAGUCUGAAGAUGUAGAGCCUGGCUGGGAAAUAUUGGACCAACAGGACACCUCUGGGACGUGCCGCCAGCUUCCUGUGCUUCCUCCAGGCUGGGAAGAAAGACAGGAUAACCUCGGCAGGACCUACUACGUCAACCACGAAACCAGAACGACACAAUGGCACAGGCCCACAGCUCAGGACAGUCAGGCAGAAGCACAACAACAGCAAACUAUUAACCAUGAAGCACAUCAUGCCUUUACUAAUCGCCGGCAGAUAUCUGAAGCGUCAAGUCAUGAGAGAAGAGAGUCUCCCGAUAGCUGGGAAAUAAUAACCGAAGAUGAGACCACACUGUAUAAUAACCACAGCCAGCAGUCUCCACCACCACCACCUCACUCUCCCGUUGAACACAGUGUUUGUGAUGCUCAGAGUCCUCCUGCAGACGAACUGAGCCAACGCAUCGCCAUCACGGUUCAGAGCCAUUCGAGCAGAAGGGGAAGUGCACAGGCUGUUGAAGAGCAUCCUACACAUCCUGUGUUAUUGCCCACUUCGUCAGGGCUGCCAGCAGGUUGGGAAGAAAAGCAAGAUAGUAAAGGAAGAAUAUACUAUGUAAAUCAUAACAGCAGAACAACUACAUGGACGCGCCCGGUCAUUCAGACUACAAUAGAAGCUGUGCAAGCCAUGUCCUCCCAGGGUCCCGUCAUGUACCACCCUCCUCAACCUUCUCCAGAAACUUCACCUCAGCAUUCUCUGGCUCAAAAAUCCAAAUAUGAAAGCGGAUUCCUCCCUGCUGGCUGGGAAUUGCGUAGUGCACCCAAUGGCAGACCCUUCUUUAUUGAUCACAAUACAAAAACCACCACGUGGGAGGAUCCAAGAUUAAAAAUUCCAGUUCAGAUGAGAAGGCGACCGUCCUUGGAUCCUACAGACCUUGGGCCGCUUCCACCCGGAUGGGAGGAGAGAGUUCAUACGGAUGGCAGAAUAUUCUACAUUGAUCAUAACACCAAAGCUACACAGUGGGAAGAUCCACGGCUACAGAAUGCAGCAAUAACUGGACCUGCUGUGCCUUAUUCCAGGGAUUAUAAACAGAAGUACGAGUACUUCAGCAAAAAGAUGAAGAAACCAGCUGAUAUUCCUAACCGUUUUGAAAUGAAGCUGCGGCGAAAUGCUAUCCUGGAAGACUCCUACAGGAAACUGCUGCCUGUCAAGAGAGCAGACUUCCUCAAAGCACGGCUGUGGAUUGAAUUUGAGAAUGAAAAGGGCCUGGAUUAUGGAGGUGUUGCCAGGGAAUGGUUCUUCCUUAUUUCCAAAGAAAUGUUCAAUCCCUAUUAUGGACUGUUUGAAUAUUCAGCUACUGAUAACUACACCCUACAGAUUAACCCCAAUUCUGGUUUGUGCAACGAAGAUCACUUAUCUUAUUUCAAGUUUAUCGGACGAGUUGCUGGAAUGGCCGUUUACCAUGGGAAGCUACUGGAUGCGUUCUUCAUUCGGCCUUUCUAUAAGAUGAUGCUGCAGAAGCCAAUAACGCUGCAGGAUAUGGAAUCGGUGGACAAUGAAUACUUCAAUUCACUGAAGUGGAUUCUGGAAAAUGAUCCCACUGAGCUGGACCUCAGAUUCACAGUGGAUGAGGAGCUCUUUGGGCAGACUCAUCAGCAUGAGCUAAAACUGGGUGGAUCAGACAUUGUGGUCACAAAUAAGAACAAGAAAGAGUAUAUCCACCUGGUUAUCCAAUGGAGAUUUGUGAACAGAGUACAGCAGCAGAUGUCAGCCUUCAAGGAGGGAUUUUAUGAAUUGGUACCUCUGGAUCUCAUCAAAAUAUUUGAUGAAAAUGAAUUGGAGCUGUUAAUGUGUGGACUUGGAGAUGUUGAUGUGAAUGACUGGAGGGAAAACACUAAAUACAAGAAUGGCUACUGUACAACACAACCUGUCAUACAGUGGUUCUGGAAGACGGUGCUACUAAUGGAUGCAGAAAAGCGCAUCCGACUGCUGCAGUUUGUCACUGGCACCUCUCGAGUGCCCAUGAAUGGCUUUGCAGAGUUGUAUGGAUCUAAUGGACCACAGUUAUUUACCAUUGAACAGUGGGGAACACCAGACAAACUACCUAGAGCUCACACUUGCUUCAACCGUUUGGAUUUGCCUCCAUAUGAAUCAUUUGAGGAUUUGCGAGAGAAACUUCACAUCGCAAUAGAAAAUGCACAGGGAUUUGAUGGAGUGGAUUAGGAGGAGUCAAGGUGGCCCGUGCCUCAGAUAUCUAUCAGCCUAAUCGCCAUUGAAAUAACUAACGAAACCCUCUAUAAAAGAUGAUUCAGCAGUGUACUGGUACUCAGGACAGAGAAUCGUUAUUAGGGACUUGAUUUUUCAAAUUCCGGAAAAUAAAGGCACCAAGAGUUUAAAAGCAACUUUCAACUUAUUUGUGUUUCUAUGAUUUCCUGGAAAUUGUCCAUUUUUUUUUUUUUUUCUAUUAUUAUUUUAUUCCGAGUGGAAAUAAUAACUAAGAUUUUAUUUAGAUUUCAGUGAAGAAUCUGUAUGAAGUUUACAAACUUUACUGUUUGUAAAAUACACAGGUCUGGUAGGUGCAAGGUAAUCAGUACAUCCUUUCAUCCUUUUAAAUGUGUUUUUCAAGUUAGGGAAUGUUAACAUAUGUAUUUUUUUGAUGACUUUGUCUAUACAAGAUGUAAGCCAUACUUUCUCAUACUGACUGCUUUGCUUUUAAACAUGUUUUCAUGCAUGGAAUUCAGGGUUCAUUAUAGGCUUCAUACGUAUCAUGUUAUAUUCCUUACCUGCUCCUGGUUAAUGGGUGUUUGUUAGGGAUGGCACCUCAAAAUAUUCCAACUGAUAGUCUUUUCUCUUCAUUGAACCAUCUUUUUGGGGGUAAAUUACAUUACUAGGUUACUUUAAGAGCAUAUCUGUUCAUUGUUGUAGCUGUAAUGUUUACGGGCACCCAAAGGGUGCAGUUAGUGGCUUUCAGGGGGCGGGCAGGUUUACUAGUUGUAUUUCUUUUCCCUCGGUAUUAAGUAAUUCAACCCUAACCCUUGUGCUUGCAACAAGAUAUGUGUUAUACCUUUUCUUAAAUGCAAUUAUGUGACGAGGACCUUACAGUUUAAAUAUACAGAUGGUAAAUAUUUUAUGCAUAGUAAGUGGAGUGAAAGGUUUAUUUUACUGUAAAGUUAGAUCGUUUUGUAUGCCUGUAGCUGGAAUAACUGCUCUUAUUCUACACAGGAGCGGAUAGCUUUUGUUUUCCCUUCUCAUAAUUACACCACACAAAAGUUACAUUGUGUUUCAUUUUUGUUUUAAAAAUAGAGUAUGCCCAAGUGUGUUGUCGUUGUGUUUUUACCAUUCUGAAAUCGUUUUUGAAUGAUUCGCAAUGCAAAUAAGUUUACAGUGUCUAAUAUGUUUACAAGCAACUCUCCCAAAAACUAUAAGCGCUCUUACUUGUGUUUUUAAUUACUUUAUUAUUAUUAUUAUUAUUAUUAUUAUUAUUAUUAUGAAUGAGUAAAAUAACACACUGUUUGGUUCCAUUAUAAUUCACGAGCACUUUCAUUUUACAUUUUCUUACGUUGGUCUGUAAAUUAUUUGUUGUCUUAAUGUAUAUAUUGCACAUGUUUAAUUAUUCAUUUGGCUUAUCAUUACUCCUACCAGAAUAUUUAGUUUUGUAAAACAUUAUUUAGGACUAACACAGUAACUUUCUGAGUAGAGACUGUAUGUAAGAGAUGAGUAGAUUUACAUUGAAACAUUCUUGAAUAUUUAUGCACAUCAUGUAACUUUUCUCCGAGCAUAGUUUACAAGAGGUAGACUGUUUAAAUUGCAAUGCCUUUAAUAUUUGUAACUGUAAAUAGAUAUAUCUCAAUUACCGCUUUGGUUAUCAAGGGAUCUUAUAACUGUCCUGUAAGAUUUAAAAAAAAUAAAUAAAUGUGUAAAUAUCACAAAAGUGUUUAUUACAGUAUAUAAAGUGAUAUUCUGUCUGACAAAAUAAAGAUGAAUUCUAA